AGCGGCUCUACGUCUCCCUCUAGCGGCGGCUGUGGAGCACAAAGAGGAGGAGCGAGCGACUUGCUGGGUUUUAUUCAAAUUAACACCUAUUUUAUCAGGUCUUUCGGGAGACUUCGUGGCACUGGACAUAUUCAGACAACAGUUCUCCUCCCUGUUGAAACUCUGGUAGUUUUAUAGUGGAGAAACCGAGUCCGCGGCUCAGUGAGAGUGAGAAGAACCGUGUCUUUAACUUUGGUCGUGGCUAAAACCUGCGGGGAGGAAAGCCGCGCUCUUUAUACACUCUUUAGCGUGGAUAUCUUUAGGUGGUGAAGAUGCACAUUUAAGUGUGAAGAAAUAACUUCCUUCCUGUUGCUUCGUUUGGAUUUGGCGCAUUGUUUGCGCAGUUUGGUGGUUUUGGCAGAAGAGGGUGAACGUUUCCUGUUCUCUUCACCAAACCACACCGUUCUGCUUGUCUUUCCGUUUGAUGUCUCGCCCGUGAAAAGGGACAUGUUUUUUUCCCCGUGCGCAACUGAACGUCGCGCAAAAAGAUGGCAGCAUCACCGAAGGCUCUGCUGGAGUGGUGCCGCGUCACAUGCGCCAGCUACCCCGCUGUGGAAGUGAAGAACAUGUCAGCCUCCUUCAGGGAUGGGCUGGCGUUUUGUGCCAUCAUCCACAAACACCGACCCGACUUGAUAGACUUCAGCUCUCUGUCCAGGGGAAAUGUUUAUCAAAAUAACAAGCUGGCUUUCGAGGUCGCAGAAGCGAAGCUGGGAAUCCCUCCUCUGCUGGACCCACAGGACAUGGUUUCCACGGACGCGCCUGACUUUCUCACCGUCAUCACCUACGUCUCCCAAUACUACAACUUCUUCAGCGGAGAAUCUCCCGGUCCCUGCAGGUCGUGGUCGUCGCAGGUCCUGAACGUCACGAAGGUGCAUAAAACUCUGAGAAGCCAGAAGAGCCUGACUGAACUGGAAACCAGUAAAGAGGACGGUCAUGCUGGCCUGAGGCGCAGGGCGGUGUGUUCCCUCUGCUUCAAGCCGGUUCACCUCAUACAGAAGAGUCUGGCUGACGGGAAGGUUUACCACCGCCGCUGCUUCAGGUGCAGAGUGUGCCUCUGCGUUUUGUUGCCAGGCUCCUACCCUCCAGGAAGUGAUCAGACGUCCUUCAUCUGCUCUCAUCAUGCAACGGACAGAAAAGUUGUCGGCGUUGACAGCGAGCGGCAACUCGGGUCUGCUGGUCAUCGGCCCGGUCAUCCGAUCCAGACGGGUUUCUACUCUCUGAGCGGGUCGGCCAUCUGCAGCGUGCCUCGCUACGCCGAGCCGCGGCGAGCCACGGAGGGAGGGGGACUUCCUGUCCCGGCUCCCAGGAGAAGCCUGGACUCCUCUGUGGCUCCUGUUCCCGCGCCCAGGUCCAGAACCGCUCAGGCAAUGAGUGACUCCCCCGCUGGAGAGUCUUCACCUCAACCUCCUGUCCUCAGGAGCCCCAAAGUGAAAAGCAACCAUCCUUGGAUGGCCAUCGUGCAUCCUGGACCCUGGACCCAGCUGCCUCCGGCUCCACCUCCGGUACCCGUCCCUCGGUCCAAACCCGUCUCCAACACGCGGACGCCAUGGAACAGACCCAGGACGCCGUCUCUCAAUCCGUUCGAGGAAGAGGAGGAGGUCGAUGAAGCUCCGAAGCAGGAGGCGGCCAGUCGGACCGGGCCUUCUGCCGGUCCCUCUGAGGACAGCGGCAUCGCUCGCGUCCAGGGCGGAGAGGAACCUGGCAGCGAGUCUGAGCGGAAGGUGGACGGAGGCCAGGACGGGCGCGUGUGUGUUUUUACGGAGGAACGUGAAGGAGCGGAGCCAGACCCGGUUCGGGGAGCGACCGCCGGCGGUAACUCGGCGGGAACCAUCAGCGGAGAACUCGCAGACGGAGGUCAGAACGGUCCGUCACACACAACAGAGCCGAGGUCCUCUGAAGCACAGAGGAGCGCCGCUUUACCCAGGAGUCUGUCCGUGCCAGCGAUGCCGUCUGAACGCUCCGAGAGCGGCGCCGCGGCCGCAGGGCUGCGUGACGCCAACCGGCCCGUCUCAGCGUGCGAAGGGGAGUCCGCCUGUAAAGAAGAUCCAUUCUCGGAGCGACCUGGGAUGUCCCGGUCGCAGACGGUUCAGAACCUGUCGUCCACCCGUGGGCCGGCGCCUGGACACGGUUUCCCUCUCAUCAGGAGGCAGGUGCGGACGGACCGGGACGUUUCCACGGAAGACCUGCAGCAGCAGAUGAGGAGCUUGGACGGCGACCUGGAGGCGCUGGAGCAACGAGGAGUGGAGCUGGAGAGGAGCAUUCGAGACGGCAGGACGGGCAAAGAAGAACAGAUGCUGACUGAGUGGUUCGGCCUCGUCCAUGAGCAACACACUCUGCUGCGCAAAAACAAAGAACUGGUCUACCUCACAAAACAGCAAAUAUUAGAGGACAGGCAAGCGGAUGUGGAGUACAAGCUCAGGUGUCUCCUCAAUAAGCCCGAGAAAGACUGGGAUCAGGAGGACCGAGGCCGGGAGCAGCAGCUGAUGGCUGAGCUGGUCACCAUCAUUGAACAGAGGAACCAGAUCAUCAGCAGCUUGGAUCAGGACAGAGAAAGAGACGAAGAUAUGGAAAGCACGAGAAAUAAGAGCUUUCAGAAGGACGGGCCGAAGAAGACCAAAGGAAAGCUGAAGGCCCCGAAAGUCUUUAAAAUGCUGAACCACAAACCAGAGAGCAGCAAGGAGCCCGUGGAGAAAAAGAGCUGAAAAAGCAUUCCCACCGCACUAACAACCCGCAAUCCAUGUUCAUCUCGAGUUUGUUAUAAAAACAUGCAACAUCAGUGUGCUAAAUGUAUGUAUUUAAGUUCUUUAUUUUUGUAAAAUGCCACUUUUUUUUUUUUGUCCAAGUAUCUGCCUGGGCGUUUAAGCCCGUUGAUACCUGGUGGUGUGACGUCAUUAAUAUUUUUUGGUCAGUAACAUUUUAAUUCACAAAGGAUUCAGCUUCGUUCGACUGGCUUCAUAAUUACAUUUUGUCUGCUGCUUCACAUUUCAUGUCAUGUUUUUUUUUUUCCCAGUUCAACAUUAUGAUGUGCUCCCAACUGUGUUCUUUCAAGGAUCUAUAAUGAUAAAUAUAUGUACUUUUUACAG